GUGACAGGUCCAAGGUUGUUAUCAACAACAGCUCUCCGGCAACUCUCUCCCAACCUCGAACACCUUCCAGCGCUCGAUCACGACCAUACAGGAAGAGCUGCACUUCUUGAUUGCAUCAGUCAGUAUGACACAGAUCCACGAGUCCACAUCUCUUUCAAUCCAGGUCCGGGUCCGCAAGGAAGCCGUCAAGUACCCGGCAAAGACCCACGCCCACAAGGUCAAGAGGGAGCUUGCCGCCGUCGAUUCGACCUCGACUACAGGCUUGAUCUACCUGAAGGGUCAGGACUCGGAGGAUUACGAAGAUACAGAUGGCGCGAAGCCGUUCAGACAACGCAGAUAUGCAUUCUAUCUGUCAGGAGCAGACUUCCCCGGUUGUGCCGUCACUUACGAUAUCGCAAAGGAUAUUCUGAUCCUCUGGAUCCCAAUCAGGAAGCCUCAUGAGAUCAUCUGGCUAGGGGCUUUGCCCAGCAUCGAAGAAUGCGCCGCCCGGUACGAUGUCGACGGGGUCAUGGAUAUCACGCGUCUGCAGCUGUAUCUCAAACAAACCUUGGCUUGCGACACAACUCUCUACGUUCUGCACGAGAACCAGACACCACCUAGACCAUAUGGUCCGACUUCGGGCUUUACCGUUGACCACUCUGCUCUCAAGCCGGCCAUGGACCUUGCGAGGGCCGUCAAGUCUCCAUUUGAGAUUGGCCAAAUCCGUGAGGCAAAUUGGAUAUCAUCCGAGGCUCAUCGCCACGUCCAGCGACACAUCAAAUCCUUGACCAGCGAGGCCCAAGUUGAGAACUUAUUUAUCGCCAAGUGCCGUGAGCUUGGGUCCAAGAAACAGGCCUACCCCGUUAUUGCUGGGUCCGGCCCCAACGCUGCUACUCUGCACUAUGGGGCGAACAAUCAGGACUUUGAUGACAGGCAACUCAUGGUCCUCGACGCUGGGGCUGAGUUCGAAUGCUACGCCUCCGACGUCACCCGGACCUUCCCACUGAAUGGCGCCUUCACCGCCGAGGCGAAGGAGGUGUAUGCUAUCGUGGAGGAGAUGCAGGAGGUCUGCAUCUCGAUGAUCAAGCCAGGUGCAUCCUGGUCGACAAUCACGAAUAAAGCCCAGCGCAUCGCACUAGAUGGGCUGAGAAAGCUAGGCAUCUUACGAGAUGACGCUCUAGGCGAGCCGCCCACCCUCCAAGUUGUCAGGGCUUUCUUUAUGCAUGGGCUGGGACACCUCGUCGGACUGGACACCCACGACGUUAUUCAGGGGGUUCACAUCCACAUGAUGGGCGGCAAAGCCUGGAGCCUGGACAAGCUCGACUCCCACGCUGCAGCUCUUCCCAAGGGAGGGCAUUGUAUGAAAGACCGCCAAGGCGGAGGCGAUCCUUACUCACCGCCCUUGAAGAAAGACAUGGUCAUCACCUGCGAGCCAGGCCUCUAUUUCAACCGGGCGUAUGUCGAGUGGUUCUUCGCUGACCAGCCCAAGCUUCUCCGAUUUGUCGACAUGGCCGUACUGGAACAGUACUACCCGGUUUGCGGGUGCCGGAUAGAGGAUUGUAUCCUCGUGACAGAAGACGGUUACGAAAAUCUGACCUCGGCGCCCAAAGGAAAGGAUUCGUUGCGGGUCAUCAAUGGAAAGUAGGGCGGCGGACCGCCUUGGUCUCUCAUGAUGAAGCAGCCUUGGAGGAACUGUAGAUAUUAUCCCUAGAUGGUCGGAAGAGACGCGCCCAGUUGUAUGCAAUCAUCGGCUUCUCUGUGCUCACAAUCUCCAGACCAGCAACACAUCAAAGCUGAGACAGUGGUGUCAAGGAAUGUAAUCAACCAGCCACAAACUUGACACUCAGCCGCACCCAAUUCGGUUCUCCACACAGGCAGCGGGACUGUGGCAGUAUUUUUCUCUUGAAAGGCAAGCCGCCUCGAGCAGAGGGCUCAGACAGCUUCGAGACGGAGGAAACUCGCUUCGAUGGGGAAAACCUCUGUUAA